CCUGAUCGAAGUUGCUGGCUCGCGCGGCUCUGUCGUGGCGCUGUCCUUCGUUCCCAACCAUCGCCGCGCGACCUGCGGUUUCUGCCCAUCCGCUUGCGCCGUCUGCUUGCCCUCAUCCGCCCGAGCCGCAGAGAACGCAAAAGCAUCGCCGUCAGAACACAUCCCGGACCACGCAUGAGCAGCCAGAGCCAGCUGCGGCCCGGCCCAGCCGACACAAGCGGGCUCCGAUCGCACAACCCCCGCAAACGAACCAUCUCCAUGGCCGAUCUGUCCGAGCCGCAAACACCUACCAAGCGAAGCCAUGCACCUUCAUCAAGCCGAGGCAGGCUCGAGGCAAUCAUCACCGGCCUCAUCGAGACUCCCAUCAAACUCUGCAGGACAGCGACACAUAUUGCCAUGGGCUCGCUUGGAUCGAUCAUCAGCCCAUACUUCCCGCCGGCCAUCGUCGCCACGAGAAAGCCUGCUCCCCGACAAGCAACGAAGAGCCAGAAUGUGCAGCCAGCAGACACUGCUGCAGCCGCUGCGUCCUCAUUGCCUCAGUCUCCGUCGCCGUCGCCGUCGCCGUCGCCGUCGCCAAUCUUGAUAAGCGACUCGGACUCGGACGAGCCCGUCGUCGUCGAGUCAAGCCCCUCUAUCCAGCCCGAGGAUGUCAUCGUCAUCUCAGACGACGACGAUAGCCUUGGCGAAAGCAGCCAUUCGACAAUCGUCGGACACUACCCUGUCGACCAUGGUCUUCGGGAACGAACCAGCUCUUUGCAGUCACGGCCGACCGAGGAUGUCGACCAGAAUGUGUUUCUUUCCGGCCGCUCCACUCGCCAAUCCUCACCGACACCACGGCCUCAAACUCCAGCAUCCCAAACAAGCUCGGCGUCGCUGUCGUUGUCCACGCCUCGCAAGACCGCUGCUCGAACGAUGCUAAGCAAAUCCCGCGAAGCCAAGUUUGAGGCUCGAACACACCAGCGAAUCGACACCGGUCUCCGACGGUCAUCUCAACCGUCAGGGCCGAGCGGCGUUACUGAUCCAAUAUCUACGUUUAAAUCCCUUGGCUACUAUAUCAAAUGCCUCGGCGGCACCUUCCUUGUAGUUCCUGGAAGCAUGACCACCCUUGGGCUCUACCGACUUGCCAUGUCCGACAAACAGAGCCUGUUUGAAUAUCAACUACGACGGCUGAGGCAAAGCGGGCCGGAGGCUCUGGGUUUGGAUGGAGCCGAAUCCGCAGACACAGGAUCCAUACGGCCCAAGGAACCGCAGAACCUCAGACAGUAUCUCGAGCAAUCGCGCCAGGAGCUGGAGGAGAGCAACAAAAUUGCCCUCGGCAUCAGGACGCCGGCUUUGGAUAGUCUGCUACGUGACGAUCGCGACAUCGAAGAGCAGAUCAGCGCCUUGCGACUCGAGUCGCUGUGCGAGCAGGAUGUCAUCAAGCCGCUGACUGCCGAGCAAUCCAACAUGGUCCAGGACGCCCUCCGCCGAGGCAACCAGGUGGUUGUGGAAGCGUUCAAGAUACCCGUGAAAGCCAGCGAUCUGAAGACCCUGAGCGAUCGCGCGUGGCUUAACGACGAGGUGAUCAACUUUUAUGGAGAACUGAUCAUGGACCGAUCAAAGACAUGCGCGGGCUAUCCAAAGGUUCACUGGUUCAGCACCUUCUUUCUGAAGACGCUGCAAGAUAUGGGCUACUACAAGGGCGUUCGUCGGUGGACCAAGAAGGCAAGAGGACCGAUCGCUGCGAUCGAUCUGUUCACGUACGACUACGUGAUCGUCCCGGUCCAUGUUGGGAACUCGCACUGGUGUUGCUCGGUGAUCAACUUCAAGAAGAAGCAGAUCGAGUACUACGACUCACUCGGAGGAACCAAUGCCUCGGCCAUGAAGCUGCUGAGAAGCUACCUCCAGGAGGAGUCGAUGGAGAAGAAGAAAACACCCUUCGAUCUCACCGACUGGGUCAACCACACCCCCAGGGACAUACCGCAUCAGGAGAACGGAUACGACUGCGGGGUUUUCACAUGCAUGUUUGCCGAGUACACCUCGCGGGAGAAAGCCUUUACGUUUAGCCAGGGCGACAUGCCCGUCGUCCGGCGGCGGAUCAUGUACGAGAUCCUCACAAAGACACUGCUGACGACCGGCGCCUCGGGCUGAAGCCGGCAGCGCCUGGUGUCGCGGCCGGGACGACACAGCCAUGUGGGAGCAGGCCGGCACAGACACAUGCGCUUGUCGCCAGCAGGGUGUGGCGCGGCAAGGACACGGCCUGCUGAGCAGCCACACCCUGGCUGCUGCCCGGCCGCACUCUGGCUGCCGUGUGGCCGCAGGAUGGCUGUCUCCCGCCGCCACGUGAAUUGACCGUGCGCAGCCCUUGUCUGACUCAGCUUAUCGGAAGGCAACUCCGACCCGAUGACCCAGCGGCGACCCAGCGCUGACCUGGCCUUCCAUGUGACGGGCGCUGAAUAAACCUGGCGACAGCGACUAUAUAGCCCGCUGCCCCUGCAGUCUCGGCCU